CCCCGCCGGCGAAGCCGCUCGGCGGAAGAGGCGCGGCGCUGUCGCCAUGGCCCACGACACACGGGAGCUCGGCCUGACCGGAGAGCAGCAGGCCGUCAAGGCCCGCUACCCGCCCAUCCAGAGGAAGUACGAGUAUCUGGAUCACACAGCUGAUGUGCAGUUGCAUGCCUGGGGAGACACCUUGGAAGAAGCCUUUGAGCAGUGUGCUAUGGCCAUGUUUGGGUACAUGACAGAUACGGAGACGGUCGAGCCUCUGGAUACAGUCGAGGUGGAGACAGAGGGACAUGACAUGCUUUCUCUUCUAUUUCAUUUUCUGGAUGAGUGGCUUUAUAAAUUCAGUGCUGAGGAAUUUUUCAUUCCGAGGGAAGUGAAAGUGCUCCAUAUUGACCGGGUAGGAUUCAGAAUAAGGUCUGUUGGGUGGGGAGAAGAGUUCUCUUUGUUGAAGCAUCCCCAGGGCACAGAAGUCAAAGCAAUCACCUAUUCAGCAAUGCAGAUCUGUGAUGGUGAAAAACCUGAGCUCUUUGUCAUAAUUGAUAUCUAAACAGAGAAAAGCGCACUGGUGAGAAACUGCGCUCUUCUCACUUGCUCUCUCCCGAGUCUUCCUGGAAGUGACACAGCCAUGGGCUAGAUGAACUGUGCUGCCGCUGAGGACAUCGUGGUGGCUGUGGCAUCUGGGCAGGGUAAUCCAGGGAAUGCCUGGGCUGCUCUGGGGUACUGCUGCCGCAACACUAAAGAGAGAGUGCAUGUGCAGAGAGCUAAACUGUAGGCAAAGAGUAAUUUGGUGGUGCAGCCUGUAAUAUUGUGUGUACUGUUUCCAAAUGCAAGAUUCUGCGGUAAAUUAGAUCAAGAAGUUGGUGGAAGAAUAUUUUUGAUUAAAAAGAGGUGAUAGUAUACGACAUGAAAAUCUAGGUCUUGUCUACUUUUCAUGAUACUACCUCUUCUAUUGCCUCUGUUGUCAUUUAGAACUCUUUGUAAAAUGAUAUUUUACAAAUAUUUUUUUGUGCAAUGCUUUCCUUCUGGAUCUCCCAGAAGUUUGUGCCAUAACUGAAUCUGGUACAAUCAGUGGCCUGGCUCAGACAUGGCAACAUGGUUCCAUAGUUUGUCAAGCACAGGUUGUUUAUAAUGAAGAGGAUGUUAGUGUACAUGCUGGCCCUUGACUGCCCAUCUGCUCCUGCUGGGCUAAGCAACAACCCUGGGAUACUCCUUCCCAGGGUUGAUUAUCAUGACAUCUGAACCUGGAAUUGCAGGUUGUAGGACAAAGAACAAUCCAGCCGUGUAACUCAAGAAUAAGCUAUGGAUUACAGCUCAGCAGGGGCGUAUGGGUAGCCAGGAGCUCACACACUCCUGGGUAGUAGUAAUUUUCUCAUUCACUUUAACUUUGGUUUGUUUAUGUAAAUAUACUACUACUUAGUCAUAAAGCCAUCACUAUUAAAACAAUUGAAAACUGAAAAAGAUGAAAGCAGAGCUUUUAAAAGAGCCCCUCUAGAAUAAUAAAACCAGCUGUCAACCCUUCAAAAUCAAUGAAUGCUGAGAAAACAGAAAUGCCAAAAGCUGAACAACGAUGGAGCUGGUCUAACCUCAGAGAGGAAAUCCGGGUGCUCCUCCAGGAAAAAUUUGGUUGGGGCAUCUUAAACCGGCUCAUUCAUUGCCCCUCCCUCUUCAUCCCUCUGAGAUGGUAGUAUACAAGGGGUCUUUUUGUAAGGCAAGGCACUACAGGAGAGAAGAACCCUAAACACCAUGCACUGUGCCAAUCGAGGUAUGAUUUCAACAUGUCUCUGCUUACCUAGGCACUUCCAUGAGAACAUUCAUGCAAUGAUGUGAUUAGGCGUACUUUUAAAUGCAGGUAUAUACAAAUGACAGAUGGAGGCUUGCAUAUUUUAAAUUAUUUUUUGAUUAUAAAUAAAAUAUAAAUAAAAUCCAUUUUUAAAAUGUUA